AUGGCCGCAGCAAGUGCCGUUGGUCAUUAUAUUCAACCCAUGAUCAUUUACCCCGGGCAGCGGUUUUCGUACAACCCUCUUGAGGGAUUUGAGGAAGCUGCCAUGGGUCGUUCAGAGAACGGAUGGAUGGACUCCGAAGUUUUCAUAUCAUGGUUAAAGGAGGUCUUUAUUCCAUGUGUUGAAGCCAGAAAGGUCAAAAAGCCCAUCCUGCUACUCGUAGAUGGGCAUAAGACUCAUAUUACAAUGGAGGCAUCUAAUAUAUGUGUGGAAAAUGGCAUUGAAAUGUACUGUUUAUUAGAACAUUCUUCUCAUUUGACCCAGCCUUUGGACUUGCGUCUUUUUGGCAGUUUAAAGCAGUCAUGGCGCGAGGCUGUACGGGCGUAUCAGUCAGAGAACAUAGGUGAAUUUGUAACUAAACAAACCUUUGCAAGAGUCUUCAAGGAAGCAUGGCGUAAAAGUGCGAAGAUCGAAGCGGUGAUAACGGGAUUUCAAGACUCUGGUAUUUUCCCAUGGAAUCCUCAGAAAGUUUUGGCAUCUGUGAAGCUCGAACCAAGCACCAUGUUCAUUGAAGCUCCAGCUGCUAAGAAAUUGACGACAGAUUCUGACCCAACAAUAAUUACAACACCUAUCACGUAUUACGACUGA